AGCUGUUGAGGGCGCGGAAGACGUGCGAAUCAGAGACACUGUCCUUUAUUUCUCCUUUUAAAAACCUCGUUUCCGUUUUCAUUUUCGUAUUGCUUUGCUCUUUCUCCUCUUUGUUUCUUAAAUACCGGGACUUAGGGUUAGGGUUUCUUAUUCACUCUGGAACUUUGUGAACUUUGGCUCUCCUUGAAUAGGAGAUUUCUUUCGGACCUUUCGUUCUCUCUGAAAAUAAGAGUUCGAGAUCUUGGGUUUUCGUAUUUGAAGUCUUAAUCGAGAAAGCUGCUUUUGUUUCUGCAUUUCGAUUACGGAAUUGGGUUUUUUGCGUGCUUAAAGUUCGAAGGUUUUGGCUCUUUGGUUGUUGAUAAGGUUAUGGUAGAGGGAGGCAUCUCUGCAGAUUUAUGCGAAUACCAGGAGGGGCUUCCCAUAAGGAGUUGGGGCUUUUCUAUCCUCUUUGGUACAGAGAAAUUAGGAUCUAGAGUCUUCAGAAACUAAGGGAGCAAUGUCGAAAGGUGCGGUGGAAUUGGACUUCUUUAAGAUGGAAAUGGAAAGUGCCCCUAAAUCGGGGCCGGAAAACCUAAAUACGGCAAAUUCCGGCCAGGUGAACCCCAUUGAACGCCAAAGAAUUGUUCGAGGUAUUCAAAACACUAUAUCAAAGAUAAACCCCCAGAUGUUGAAGUCGGUUAUAUCUCAGAGGAAUGAGAGCUUUUCUCGCCAAAAUAGCCUCAAAAUCGCGCAGGAAAAUGAUCAUUUUCCUGCUCAGUCUGGCUUGCCUGUGUUCCAACCCACCUCAAGGUCUUCUCUGGAGAACUCCUCUGGAGCGGCCCCAUUGACGAUUUUCUACAAUGGAACUGUUACAGUUUUCGAUCUGCCGUCUGAUAAAGCGGAGAAGAUUAUGAAGCUUGCAGAGAACGGUAACCCCACGGGAUUCGGACACGUGGCAUUUUCUAUGCAAUCUGGGCGGUCCGUCUUCCCUGUGAGUCGCACUGAUGAACAACAGCUCCUGGAGAACCUUGGCGGAGAUUUACCUAUUGCGAGAAAGAAGUCGUUGCAGAGGUUUCUGGAGAAGCGCAAGGAGAGGAUGGUAACUUUGGGGCCUUACGCGAGGGCGUCAGAGUCAAGUGAGAAGAAUUUAAUGGAGGCUGCUCAAGCAUGACAGAUAAUAAUAUAGAAGAAGAAACAAAUAAAAGAAACAUGGAACGUCUCCUGCUAACAUGACCCACCAAUGCCUUAUUAUUCCCCAUUACCCUAUUAAUAUAUUUUAUAUCUCAUGAUAUGUCUGUAUCGAAGUGAAUUUCACGUUUUGUGGUUCUUAGUUGACAUACUCUUUGUAUAAUGUUUCUUAAGAUUUGUCGGUAUUAUGCGGUACGCGUUUUCCGAUAUAUUAGAUGAAUUAAUUAUUCUAUGAAACUCUUUUUGGAAUUUUUUUCGUUA